UUUUAUAUUUUAUUUAAUUAUUUUACAGCACUAUUAAAUAUAUUAUUAUUUAUUAUGGCAAAAAUAAUUUAAACGUUUCAAAAGUUUACUUGAAUUUGAUAGAAUGAUGUCAUGCAUCUCACAUUUUAUUGAAGGGAGCAGAUCAUAGAUGAUAUAGUGAUCCGUGACUAGGCCCACGGUUCAGCCUGCAUGUGUUCAGAGGAUUAAUUGCAAAAUUUAAUAGAUAAUAGAGUAAAAGUUUUAUCAUUUGUAUGCAAUUUUAGCUUUGCCAAAGAUGAAUCUGUAUUAAUUUAUGCAGUGAACACACUCAGAAGAAUUGGACAAACUGAGGAGGAGUUUCAGCAUCUGGUAAAGCAGCUGGAAAUGGAGGAGAUCAGGGCAGCAAUGGUUAAAAAAAAUAAAAAACUCUCCAAAACAACAUUUCCUCACUAAAGCUCUCAUCUUUGACAAAGUCCAUCAUUUAUUUUAAUUAUUAUAUUGAAUUUGACUGAACAAUGGCUUGUUACAUACAGAGAGAGCAGGAGCGAAUGGAAUGGUAGGGGUUAAUUUAUUGUUCCAUGUACAUUUGAGGUUAAUGUGUGUACUGAGCUACUUUUUAGUUACAGCAGCUAUCACUGUGUUAUGAAGACAGUUGUGGCAGACAGUUUGGGAGGCAGAGACAGAUUGUGGGGGCACUAACAGGGAAAAUCUUAAACUGCUGGAAUAAAGAGUUUUAAAGGGUUGGUGAUGGAAAACUUGCAGGUCAAUGGUAUCAGUGUUUAAGGUUGGUAAACACUUGUACACUGACGCAUAUAAUACUACCCGUCUGACAUUGUCAUGUGUUAUUCAGGUGUCAAAGUAGUGAAAUGUUAAACUUUGUCCGCAAUUGUUAACCACCUCAAUCUGUAUUAUAUUUUAGGGUUUUAAAAAAUUCCCUUGCGUCCAAAUUCAUUCUUUUUUUUUAACACACUGAAUGGUGAUACACAAUAUACAUCUCGUUUUUGUUUUUAGUAGGCAUCCAAGCAAAAGAGAAUGACUCCCUGUCACAAUUAGUGUAAUUAAAGUAAAAAUUAUGUCAAAAAGCGUUUCUUAUGCUUUUUUUUUUUUUUUUCUCUCUCUCUUUUUUUGGCAGAUGCUGUGAUGACCAACUUCCGGGCAGCAGCAGAGUUUGACUCGAGGAAUGCAGUUGGGAGCAUUUUAAACAAGAAAUAAAACCAAUAAUGAAUAGUUUCCUUUAAGUUCAUUGUUGGUUGUUUUAUUUGUUCAAAUAAACAAAAGGGUUCAUCUUUUUUUUUUUUUAUGUUGUCAUUUAUCCGUAAUGUUUUAAUGUUAAGUGUGAUAACAUGCUAUUUUUUUUCUUUUAAAUAUCUUAAAUUAUUUAAAAUAUUUAUUUUUCUAUUUUUAUUUUCUUAAGUUGUUAAAAAUUCCAUAUUUUUUAUGAUAGGAUUCACACUGGAGAGAAACCGUACAAGUGUUCACACUGUGACAAAAGAUUCAGACAAUCUGGAUACCUGAAAACACACGCGAGGAUCCACACUGGAGAGAAACCGUACACAUGUCAUCAGUGCGGGAAGAGUUUCACACUAAAAGCCUGAAGACAGUGAAAGAAGAAAGACAAGAUCUGUAUGAGGUGGAGGAGAAACAUAAGGAUCAGAAAGAUCAUGAUGUCAAUGAAGAAAAAUCAGUGAGUUGCAGCAUUCAAAUAACAGACGUCAAAAGUCCUUUCAGCUGCUCUCAGUGUGGAAACACUUUCACGUGUAGCAAAAACCUUAAGAAUCACAUGUUAAUUCAUGCUGGAUUAAAGCCUUUUACCUGCUCUCAGUGUGGAAAGAGUUUUACCAGGAAAAGUCUACUUAAGGAUCAUUUGCAUAUUCACACUUCAGAAAAACCUUUCAGCUGCUCUCAAUGUGGAAACACUUUCACACGUAAACCAAAUCUUAUGAAUCACAUGUUAAUUCAUACUGGGAUAAAGCCUUUCAGCUGUUCUCAGUGUGGAAAGAGUUCUACAAAGAAAGAACACCUUAAGAAUCAUUUGGUAACUCACUCUUCAGAAAAGCCUUUCAGCUGCUCUCAGUGUGGAAAGUCUAUCGCAACUAAAGAGAGCCUUAAGACUCACAUGUUAAUUCAUGCUGGAAUAAAGCCUUUCAGCUGCUCUGAGUGUGGAAAGAGCUUUACAAAGAAAAGGCAACUUAAGGAUCAUUUGGUAAUUCACUCUUCAGAAAAGCCUUUCAGCUGCUCUCAGUGUGGAAAUACUUUCACUCGUAAAACAAACCUUAAGAAUCACAUGUUAAUUCAUGCUGGAUUAAAGCCUUUUAUCUGCUCUCAGUGUGGAAAGAGUUUUGCGAAGAAAGGACACCUGAAGGAUCAUUUGCUAACUCAUUCUUCAGAAAAGCCUUUUAUCUGCUCUCAGUGUGGAAACGCUUUCACACGUAAAGAAAGCCUUAAGAAUCACAUGUUAAUUCAUACUGGGAUAAAGUCUUUCAGCUGCACUCAGUGUGGAAAGAGUUUUAUGAAGAAAGGAUACCUUAAGGAUCAUUUGCUAACUCACUCUUCAGAAAAGCCUUUUACCUGCUCUCCGUGUGGAAAGUCAUUCCCACGUAAAGAGAGCCUUAAGAAGCACAUGUUAAUUCAUACUGGGAUAAAGUCUUUCAGCUGCACUCAGUGUGAAAAGAGUUUUACACAGAGAGGACACCUUAAGAAUCAUUUGGUAACUCACACUUCAGAAAAGCCUUUCAUCUGCUCUCAGUGUGGAAAGUCUUUCAACUAUAAAGGAAGCCUUGUGAAACACAUGAAAAUUCAUAGUGGGAAAAAGCCUUACACUGUGCCCUAA